CAAAGGUCAAGUAGAUUGAAUUGAUACACGUGUAAGCCGCAUAAUCUAAUCUAAUAGAUAUUAAAAGGAAGUGUAUAUAAACAAAACGACAACACAAAAUUGAUUCUCGAAGUAUAAAAUUUCUUUGCGCAUAUAUUAUUCGAUUAAACUUCUGUCGUCUGUCGAAGAGAAACUUAAUGUGACUUGUGUUUUCCAAUCAGUAAGUGAUAUGAUUUCAAGUUUUUAUGAAAGAAUUGUGGGUACGUGUUCUACAACAGAACCGAUCCAGCCAAAAAUACUUUGCGUCGGGUUAACCUGUAUAGAUAUGAUACAAACCUGCUGGCAAUAUCCCGCGGAAGAUUCUGAACAAGGAUCUCUAGACUAUAGAUGGCAAAGAGGAGGCAACACGUCAAAUAGUUGCACGGUACUUUCUCAGUUAGGAAGUGUAUGUGAAUUUUUUGGUAACCUAAGCGCAGAAGAACAUUUAAGUUUCUUGCAAAAUGAUAUGAGAAAACAUAACAUUGACUUUUCUCAUUGUCCUAUAGUAGAAAAUAAUGGAUGUCCAACAUCUAUUGUCAUUUUGAGUUUAAGUUCUGGUUCUCGUACAAUUCUACAUCAUAAUCAAAAUCUACCAGAAUUAACAUUAAAAAAUUUUGAGCAGUUGCAUUUAGAAGAUUAUAACUGGAUUCAUUUUGAAGGCAGAAAUUUGAACGAGGUUUUAUCUAUGAUGCAAUGCGUCGAGAACUAUAAUAACAUGUUAAAUUAUAGUCAAGACUCUAAUAAUAAGGAAGCAGGCAUAAGUCAGAUACCAAUUACAAUUAGCGUAGAAUUAGAAUGUCCGAAACAAGAACUUUUAGAUUUAUUACCUUAUGUUGACGUAGCAUUUAUAUCAAAGGAUUUUGCUCGAAGUAGAGGAUACGAUAAUAUGAGUGAAACAUUGAAAAACAUAAGCGAGGAUGCCAAGUCUGGAGCAACCCUCAUUUGUGCUUGGGGUGAUCGGGGUGCUAUGGCAAGAACUCCGGAUAAUAUUAUAGUACAAUCUCCUGCAUUUCCACCACAAAAGGUUGUGGAUACUUUGGGUGCCGGUGACACUUUCAAUGCAGCGGUGCUGCAUUUUCUAAAUAAUGCAAAAUUAGAGUUCUUUAAGACAAAGACAUUAGAAGUAGACGAAGCGAAUAGUACCUUCCAAAAAAAUGUUACAAAGAAUUAUAACAUUGAAAGUUUAGAAUAUAGCCAUGCAGAAUUUAUCACCCCAAACGUGUUGCAGUCAGCUAUAACAUUUGCCUGCCAAGUAGCUGGAGCCAAAGUUGGUAUAAGAGGUUACGAUAAGUUAGAUGAAAUUUUCAAGGAUACAUUAAGAAAGUAGUUAAAAUGUAACAUUAAAUUAGGCUAUAUAUAAAUAUUUCAUAACAUCAGAUUGUGAUUGGAGGAAGGGGAUGUUGACAGGAAUUUUCCGAGAUUUUUUAGAAAAUUAUAUCCACAAUGACUUUACACAUGUUUACAGUGUAAACUGAAUUACAGUAAUUAAUUUUAUUUUUGCAUCAAUGUUGUUUGUAUGCUUAUUGAUUGGAAUAAAAUUCAACUUUAACAAGGAACAGAAUGCAUAAAGAUAACAUAAACUCAUUUGUAUAUUCAUUUAUUAUCAUAUUAAAAGAUGUAUAAACAAUACGAAUCGUUACAUAUACAUCAAGAUAUAUCCUAAAUUAUACUUUAAUCAUUAUACAACCGUCUUCCUUACAAAGUAUCAACGUGAACAAAAAGAGAUAGAUUACAUGUGAUAACAAUGGUAGAAACUAUGUAAUUGUGUUAAACAUCUUUUUUUUUUCACAUACUGUAAAAUUAUCUACAAGUUUAUAAAAAAAUAAUUACUUAUAAUAAUUAUACAAGGGUACUAGAAAACAGAUACCAUAAGUAAGCGACACGUGGUAAAUAAGAGAUUAUUUUUUUUUGAUAGUUUAUAAAUAUCGUUGUGAAUGGUAUUUGAUCUUGUUGAUAUCGUUGUGAAGCAAAUGUAUUUUUUGUUAAACGUGUCCUUACACAGUGCUUAUAUAAUUACACAAUACACUUCUUUAUACGGUAUGUAGGAAUAUUAAAUAUUCGCUAACUUUCUGCUUCGAGGCCGGCGUCAAAGAAGUCUAACGUAGAGCGUAAACUCCCGUCGGGAGUACAUCUGUAAUAUAAAGGAAAAGUGUUAACGAACGAUAAAGAAUGUUUUAGAUUGUUUUGAUAAAGAUUGUUUACCUGAGAAAGGCGUUAACGUAUAGCCAACAGGAGGGGAUAGAUAAUUCUGUGUAAUUUCGCCUCUGUGCUUUAACUAUUUCAGCAGCUGCUUGUUCCGGCGAAACGAGCGACAUGAUGCUUGGAAAUCUAAUAAAAGAAAUAUAUCGUUUUAUUAAUUACAUUUCAUUAGUCAUUAAAUUAUUAUCUCUUCUCUGUACAAUAUGUUUCUACCUUUGAGCCAGUAAUCAAGUCUGCAUGCAAACAGUAUAUUAUAAAUGUGCGUGUAUAUUAAUUAUGUUUGUUACAUUUGUUCUUUUAA